GACUAGCUACAAACCAAGCACAAGGAAUGCACAAAUACGGAKGAUUUGUCAGGAUAUAAAGCACAUUAAUUUCACAUAACUACUCUUAAGGACUUCAACUUUUAAAUCGUUAAUUGCAUUUGAGGUCUGAUUUAAAAUCAACCGCUCAACUGUAUUCCCAUGACGAACGGACUUCGUUGUUUGCCUCCGAUCGAACGGAUUUCACAAGUUAAUCACAGUGGUUUCUAACUAAUUCCAGUGUUUKAUUCACUUCUGGGACGCUCAUAAUGGCCGACGAUUUAAAAUACGUGGUAACYGAGGAAGAAAGAGCAAGACAUGACGCGUUGUUCUACAGCCAGACUCCUAAAAACGGACUUGUGUCAGGAGAACAAGCAAGAUCGCUUUUUAUACGUUCAAGACUUCCUUUAUCAGAGCUAAGCAAAAUAUGGAAACUUGCUGAUUUAACACGAGACAACAUGUUGGACGUUUCCGAGUUUGCAACAGCCAUGCAUUUGAUUCAAUUACGUCUAAGAGGUUUUGACAUUCCUGAAAAGCUUCCACCGUCACUUACACCAACUAAAGUUGCUGUUACCAAUAUCCCCAAAAUAACAGCAAAGGAAAUUGAAAUUUAUCAAAAGAUGUUUGAAUGGAAGGAUAAAAGCAAAACAGGAUAUCUUGAUACUGAAACUGUUUGUAACAUCAUGUUGGCUUCAGGAUUGGAAUCACAUGUGCUAGCAAAAAUAUGGGAUUUGUCAGACAUGGACCGAGAUGCCAAGCUGUCUAAYGCUGAGUUUGCUAUUGCUCUUCAUCUUUUAAGAUUUUGUAAAAAAGGUAAUAAUCUCGAAGGAAGCAUAGAUGCAAAAUCAGCUCUUCCACAUGAGCUUCUAAAAGAUGAUGGAGAAGCGAAGAAAAAAAGACACACUGAAGUUCAAACCGAACGAAGACAACUUUGGACAUUGAAGCAAAAGCUUUGCUCCGAGAUGGCUGGCCUAGAUGAMAAAACUGUAGACGAAAAUAUACGUCCAGAACUAAUCAAAGUUGAGGAAAGGCUCGCGAUAUUAGAGAAAGAGGAAACAGAACUUAGAAGAAGUUUGUUGAACUUGAAAGACAAAUCAAAGAAAGAGAGUUUCAAGCCGUUUGACCGAAGUUUCUUGCUAAAAAAGCGUGUCAGUGGCUCUGAUUUGUUCAAAGGGGACAGACAAUCGUACCUUGGCAAAGAAAGCGCUGUAUUUGAGAAGCUUUGGACUGCAGAUGAGUUAGUAGAUGACGGUGAAUUCUCCAAAACGGAAGAAAAUAGCGAUUUCACGACAACUUCUAACGGUCUCGAUAACGAGUUUUCUCAAGCCCAGCCAACGGAAAUAAUUUUCACUGAAGUGAAACGCGAUAGAAAGGGCGACRGUGAACUUGUGAAUGGUUUGGACUCUGUCGAUGAUAGCAUCCACAGUGGCUACAGACUUGACCCCAGCACACUGAGAGUUAAAUCCAGAGAACGCGAGAGCGAUUCAUCAAAAUCUACUCAGGAAAGUGAAGAUAUUGAAAGAAAAGAAAGUAAAAAAGUAGAACGAAACGAGUCGUUUUCUUGGGCAGCCGUUCAGCCAAGACCCGUCAUUCAGCAAACAGUUACAGAAGAAGUUCUAACGAUGCCGGAAAAAAAGGGAGAAGUUGUCGAUGAGGUUGUAUCAGCUGAACAGAAAAAUCGUAAUGCCGAUCUAGACGAGCAGCUAAAGCUCCUGGAAAAGGACUCGAGUAACCUCGUUGAUAUUAAUCAAAACUCUGGUCAUUUAACUGAACAGGAAGUAACUGUUCAAUCAGUCGAAAGAGUGGAAUCAGCUCAUCCAGAUCUUGACAACAUGUUCAAUCAGUUGUCAAAUGAUCACAGUUCGCCUAAUGGGACUGGAAAGGUUUAUAAUAAAAAGUUGCCUGUUGGUCGAGUUCUUUCAAAUGAGGAGGAAAAGGAACUCAUUGAAUCUGGUGCUUUAAAACGCGCCGAGCGAGAAUCUCAUCCGAGAAGAGAACCAACACAAGAAGAUUUACUCCCGAUGUAUAUUGAAGAAAAGCGAAUGAUUGACGAAGAAAGAAGGAAGAAGAGAGAACUUGAAGAGGAGAAGAUUCGACAAGCGAGAGAAGAGCUAAAGAGACAAGACGAGGAAAGCAGACAACAAUUGUUAAUGCGAAAAGCCGCCAUUCAAGAAGCAAAAGGGAAACUCGAGAAGCAAAUUUCUCAGACAGAGCACAUUGUUCCCACAACAGACGCAGAGCGCUCAAUUAAGAAAGAACUUGCGGAGCAAAGGAUUAGGGAUGAAGAGGCGCGCAUUAGAAUUGAGCAACUUAGUAAAGGGUCAAAAGACCCCAAACCGGAAGAUAAAGGAAUCGUUAAAGCUCAGCCUAAGGAAAUUGUCAUAGAAUCUGGUCCACCGGAAAGUAGGCACCAAUUUAAUGUACCGGUUUUGCGCAGGCAAAAGAAUGAGGACAGCACAAAAACGCGAAAUAAUCGGAAAAGUUGGGUCGAGCUCGAAAUCGAACAACAAAAGUUAAAAGAUGAAGAAAUGAGACGAGAAAGGGAGGAAAGACAAAGAGAUUUUGAUCGUCUUGCUCAAAACAAUAAACAACUUCACUCUGUUAAACGUGAUAUCGAGAUUGCCGAGGAACCUGUUGUUAAAAGUUCUUUUAAAGGAUCUGUAGAGUCACAACCUGUUAAGCAAACGUCACAAAUGUUUUCCAAACCCCCAGCAAGAAAUUCUGGRUCGGUACCUUCCUCGCGAGGGGCUACGAAAUUCAACAGCACAAUCCCGGAACACGUCCCAUCAGCACAGCAAAACGUACACUUUAAGGAUAGCACGCGUUCCAAACCUACAUUUAACAACUCAAUGGAUGUUGUAGACAGCUCGAUGACAGCAAAUGAGUCUGAUUUAGAAAGGAAAAUCCAGGCCGAAGAAGAGAGGCUAAGACUGGAACAAAUCGAGAAGGUUCGUCAGGAGAGUCUCAGGAGGGAGGCCGAAGAACUUGUCCGAAAAAGAGACAUCCGAGAAGAAGAAAUGCGYAAGAGAAAGGAACUACAUCUGAGAGAAGCUGAGAAAAUAAAGAAGGAAGACCAAGAACGAMGGGAAGAAGAACUGAGGAACGCAGARCAAAGGCGCCUUAAGUUCGAGGUUGARAAGAUUAGAUUGGAAGAGCGGGUCAUUCGCACCAUGAAAGAAUCGCAAGCGUUGGAAACUACAAGCCGUGUGAGAACUCCCAGCUCUAGCAGUGAGACCAGUACCGAGAAAGUGUCAUCAGCAGCACCACCACCACCACCUGCAGAAGAAGAUGAAGUGCGCGAAAGAAGGACAAGUGUCCGUGAUGCUAAGGCGUUGUUCGAAAGACCCCAGGAACAACCUAAAGUGGUGAUGCGUCAGAAACGCCAAUCACUCAAUCUUGAUGAUACAGCAACUGUUGUCAAGCCAAACAGGAAUCCCAACAGAGCGUCUUUCUAUUCAGACGCUAUUGUGUCCAAAGAGUCCAAAGCAAAAUCAAUAGAGAUAAUUCGGUUAGAAGACCAAGAGCCWAAGUAUGCUAAAGAAAAAGCGUCUUCUGAAGAAAAAACKUCRUCACGUUUAGUCUUAGGUGACAUUUCUUCCAAACGACAGCAAUAUGAAACGCGUCAACGAUCAGUCGAAGGCAAUCAGCCUGCUUCUAUUUCAAAUAGCAAAAUCCAACAAGAAAUGGCUGAGCUAGCAAGAAAGGAAGAAGAAAUUCGAUUAAGAAGAGAGCAACUCAUGAAAGCGUCCUCGAUCGAGCAGGACAAUCUGGAUGGCAUCAAAAAGAAUCCUCUCCCAAGUAAAAUWCAGAUUAAACAAGCCGCACCAAGGCCACCUGUUUCAAAGCAAGAACCUCAACCAAAGUCAGCACCCAGCAAAAACCCACCCGUAAAGAAAAGUUUUAUUGAGAUGGAAAAGGAGAAAGAACGACAACGGGAAGAAGCGCUGCAAAGAGAAAGACAGGCUAUAAUGAAAGAAAGAGAGAUGAUGACACAGCAGAAAGAAUCCGACCAGCCAAAGGAGGCAGCCAAAAGGAAACCUGUGUCUGGUGGAUGGCAAUAUAAAUAAUUUUACAAUGCAAUCAUAUUUUUCCAGAAAUCCAUUUUUCUAAUGAAACCGAAUAGAACUACCAAAUCAAGGAAAUCUAUCACUUUUAAGUUGCCCUAUUUCAUCAUGACGUCACAUAAAAACAUUUUAUUGUUUUGACGCUAAGGAUUAUGUUCUCCAGAUGGGAUCAAUGACUGCAUAUCCAAUAAAAUGCACAUGAGCAAUCUUUGAUACAUGAAGUAUAUCAAAUCAUGGUACAUUGAAGUUCUACUUUAGGAAACAAUAUAAAUUGGCCCAAAUUUCCAAUAUUUUUAGCAACGUUUUAGGAUGUAAGCAUACUGUGACGUCAUAAUGAAAUAGGGCACUUACAAAUCAUAUGAGAACGUGGUGAGCCGAAUGCUACAAAUACAAAUGCUGCGCACACACGUAGCUGGAAUUGUUUGGACGACAAUGAGUUUAAAACUCUGUUAUCACAUCCAUUGGAAUUGAUUUCUGAACCUUUUACGUCACUACUUGAUUUUCAAUGCAUUGUGGGAUCGGUUUCAAGAGAAAACAAAAGAAAUCCGCAAUGUUUUGUCCCWAACAUAUCCUACAAUGCAUUACGUAUACGGUACAUGACGUAAAAGAUUMAGAGGUCUAUUGAAUUAUARGAAUUGUUAUAUUCAUACGUACCCCAUGAUCCAAUUCGAACUUAGCUUAUAAAGCCAAUUUUAAAAGAUUGUUCACCUGAAAGAGGCAUUUCCUAUAUAUAUAUUUCAAGUGGAUAACCCCUUCAAAAUCGGCUUUAUGAUGACAUUUUGUAUGUGACAAAUCUUCAAAUUGGUCACGGUAUGUACAUAGACGUUUAAUAAAUAUUCAGUGUAUAACUAAAAUUACAAAAAAAAAUUUCUAGCCAAUGGUAGAGUCCGGGCUUAACUAGGAAGCUACUACUAAGUUCUAUAGUGGUAUCGUUGGGUGAAUUUGAUUUUGACGUCGGCGUCGCUCUUAACRUGCAGUUGUCUCAUAACAAAAGCAUACGAUUGUAGCACGAUUUAUGUAUCUGACACUUAUGAUAUUCAAUUCAUAUUGAAGUUUAAUGGUAGAUUCACAAUAUAAAUGACGUAUAAUGCACAGUGCAAUUUGAAGAUCAAAUUCUAUAGGAAAGUUUACAGAAUUAACACUAUUAMUACCAAUUAAUAUUAUUAGUAAUAUCCAUUAUGGAAAUAUUUUCAAUAUUAGCUGUGAAUAGCAAGUGCAUAUAUGGYCGAUCUUGAAAAGGUUGUCCACAUUUCCAGUGUUCCAAUUGCCACAUGACUUAUGAUAACAUUGGCUGUUCAAUAGUGUAGAAUGUCAGGUUUUUGUCGAGAGAUGAAAUAAACAGAGAAAAACUGAAUAUAUAUCAAGACACGUGACAAUUUGAACAUUGGAAAUGUCUUUUUUUAGGUGGACAACCUUUUCAAGAUCCGCUGUGGAAAAAUCUAGAUGAAGUACCUUUUAUAAGAAUUUUGUAUGUUGCAUUUUGCAUGCAUAAUUUGUAUGACAUGUUUUCAGGGUAUGACAUGCAUGCUGGGAUUGUUUACUUAGAUUUAUCUUUGUGAUGCAUUAUUGCUAGGUAUAAAAUUAAUAAAAAUACUUUAACAGUAAA